CCUGGAGCAACUCACCAUCACCUCCGGCGGCAGCAUCACCGUCCUCUUUACCGGGAUGGCCCUCGGCGGCGACUUUGAAGCUCUCAAGCAGCUGGCCAAACAGCAGGAUGCUGAUCGUCAGGCCACAUUGGCCAGAGAGCGGGCAGCAAAGGAGCAGCAAGCCGCCAAGGCGCAGGCCGCUAGGGAUGCUCGCGAGCGUCAAGAGCGGGAGAAUAGCAGGCGGUUGCUCAAGCUAAAGGAGGAUCAGAAGAAGAGAAAGGCCGAGGCUGAAGAGGAAAUGGAGAGAAAGAGGGCAGAGCUGCGCAAGCGCAAGCGCGAGAGAGAGCAGAAGGCUGAAGAGGUUGCUAAGUCUACAAAGACGAAGCUCAUCACUUCGAAGAUGAUCCGGCAGAGAGAAAAGGCAGGCCUUGGCGGAAGGAGCAGCAAGACGACAUCGACAUCAUCGUCUUCCGACUAUCUUCCACUGACGAGGCAAGAGAAGCGGGAGAGGAGGGAACGGGAAGUGCUUGGCCUGGAUCUCCGGAGGCCGAAAGCGCCAUCAGCGAGUAGCCCCAUAGCAGGUCCUUCGAGACUCGCCUCGGCUGGCUCCUCUUCCACGCCUCUCAAGUCCGCCUCUAGCGCCAGAAACCCAUCUAUCAAUAGCAGAGGAGCACCUAUCAAGAAGGCUACAACUUCAGCCAUCUUGCGAUCCCUCGAAAGACAGCUGGUGCAAGCCGAGAGAGCUCACAAGGAUGCUCGAGCACUGACAGCAAGUAAGGAGAGCUCCGUCAAGGUUCGCGAUACUGAAGGUAGAGAGCGAGAUCUGCGCCGGAAAAUCGCCAUGGAGAGGAAGGCUGAAGAGGAGCGACAGCUGGCGCGGAUCAGGGCAGGACUGCCACCCCUCGUCGAUGAAGGGGGCAGUAGCGAAGACGAAGGACGUGGUCGUAACGGCAACGGAAGGGCAGGAAACAAGGCAAACGCCUCCGGGACUACCUCACCAGAUGGCCCCCGGAGACCAGAGACGGCCCGCGAGAAGUUCCUUCGUGAGGAGGCCGAGAGGAAGCAGGCAAGCACGAGCAAACAUGCAGCUGUCAAGUCAGCGAAGGGCGCACCGAGUCAGAGCAAGAAGCAGAAGAGCAUGCACUUCUCCGAGUCCGAAGACGACAGUGAGGACGAGGAAGAUGAUGACAGCGGUGAAGACGAUGACGAUGACGAUGGCUUCAUCGACGAUAGAGACGAAGAGGGCGGCUAUGAUAUUUGGUCGAUCAUGAAUCCGGGCAAGGACAAGUCAAAAUACCUUGCACGCCAAGUAGACAGCGAUGAUGACAUGGAGGCUGACGCAGAUAGUGUCUUCCGGGAAGACCAGCGAAGUUCCGCUCUAGCAAGGUUGGAGGACAGGAGGGAGGAGGAGCGUCUGAAGCAGCAUGAGCUCGAGAAAGCCAGACGGAAGCUGGACAGGGGCAAGAGGGGUUGAGGGUUCUAGCAUGCAUUACAUCUAUCCGAGCAAGUCUGGCUCGAAUGUUCUUUUUCGUACACCAUCAUAACGACGUUCAGUGACAAUCUGCCUCG